GCGGGCUCUGGGCUCGGGCAGCUGGGAUGGAGCAGAAGUGCGCCUGGCGCCGCAGGGUACACAGCUGACUCCGUGCGCCACCUCCUUUUCGCCUAGCACCGCCAGACACCAAAGCUGCCACAGUAGCUGCCUGGACUGGUCGCUCCGGGAGGUUAGCACCACCCUCUCCUCCCGCAGCCCACCAGGCCGUAGAGGAGCUGCCUGUGCCCGGACGCACUUGGCCAACCCCAGGAAACUCUUCCCUAGCAGCGUCCAGCUCGGUACCGAGCACCGGAGUAACAUGGUCUGCAAGGCGCUCAUCGCUCUCUGCAUCUUCACCGCAGGACUGAGGGUACAGGGUUCACUGACAACGACCCCAGUGCCUGUUUCUCUCAUGACAAAAACGUCCCCCUCUCCAGCCACCUUGACUACCUCUGCACAGAACACUACCAUAGCCAGCACCCCCUUGGCCGGUGGCACUCACAACGCGUCUGUUCUCUCCACUGCUGCUGCAUCCUUGACAUCUCAGCCCUCCAAGAACAUUUCUACGGUCCCCAGAGAAGAGGCUGUCACCAGCCCAGCUUCAAAGUGGAACGGCAGCAACACAGAGUCACCUGCCAGCUUCUCCCCAACGAGCAGCGAUGUCCACUUGACACCCACUCCCAAGGAGCACGGUCUCAACAGUUCUGAAGCAAGUGUGCCAACCACUACACCCCAGCCACCCAUGCUCAUUUCUUCUCAGGCUCCAACCUCAACAUCCACAUUCCAGGCAACUUCCCCACCGGAGUCUCUGUCUGCCUCCAGCAUCUCUAACAACAGCUCCGCUGUGACCAGCAUCCAGUCCACAGGAGCUCCAACGGCACCCACGUCCGCAACAGAGGGGCCCAGCUCUAGUCAGACACCCACUUCCCAUGUUACGACUGAGCCGGCGCCCAAGGAGAAAUCACCCCAAGAUGCUGAGCAUGACAGAGUGUCCUGUGAGUCUGAGACCACCACCCCCUUCCUGAUCAUGCAAGAAGUGGAGAAUGCCUUAAGUUCAGGCAGUAUCGCCGCCAUCACUGUGACAGUCAUCGCCGUGGUGUUGGUGGUGUUUGGAGCUGCGGCAUACCUAAAGAUCAGGCAUUCCUCCUACGGAAGGCUGCUGGACGACCACGACUACGGGUCCUGGGGAAACUACAACAACCCGCUCUAUGACGACUCCUAACAAAGGAAGGUGGCUGGGCACAAGAAAUAGCGGUCCUUUAUUUAUAAGUGCUUAUCCAGUAGAAUUAAUAACAAGUACUUGAUGCUCAUUGAACGACAAUCGCAAGCCCUGUUUUGUUGGUAUGGUUGUUUUGUUUUGUUUUGUUUUCUCCUCCCUCUCCUCUGGCUGCUACUACAACAUCCCCCUUCUGGUACAAAAGAACCAUUUUGUACAGGCCAAUGGAGGCCGAUUGGCAGCUGGCAUGGUCCAUCUUUGCACUGACCAGGCUGGACACCAUGAGGUGGUGGCUGCAGCCCCCACCACAAGACUCAUCGGAAGGACUGAGGAAAAGGGCUCGGGCUGCCCUGUUGGGGAUUUAGUUUUGAGGGGAACUUUUGGUUUGGGUUAUUUCUUAAUCUUCUCUAUAGGAAAUUACAUGGAGGAUCAGUGGGAAGAAGAGAAAGGAAUCCCUGAAGGCUAUCACCCUGUGUGGAGGAAGCAAGGGCUUCUUGAUUUCUUUGUAAUCCUUCUUUGCCUGGCUGUAUCUGACAGGAUGCCUACUUGGUCCUACAAGCAGAUAGACAACUCUUAGCUGCCUAAUUAGGAAAGAUGAAAGACAGCUGUACCCAGGAGGAGCCCAGCAGGCAGGAGCAAAGCAGCCCAGCUGCUGUCAAUCUUAGCACGCGCUCAACCUGUUCUCCCCACCCGGGCCACUGAAAAGAAAUAGGGAUCCCAGCCCAUUCCCCAUCCAGGCCACCAGAAGGCAAUGGGGAUCCCAGCCACUGGCUUUUAGAACAGUUACAGCACAGUUUGAAAAGAGAGACUCAGAGGUGAGCUUGAAGAACGGCAAGGGAGAGGAAUGUGGAGAAUAAGGGUGGGGGAAGAAGGGAGGGACCAAAGCUCACAGGGACCCUCUUGAAGGAAGUAGGAGCCAACUCCCCAUGGUAGUGGGAGAUACCUAAAUCCUGGAGGAGCCCAGAGAACUCUCACUUCGCACACAUAAAGCAACGGGUUGGGGAAUGGCUAUAUGCUAUUUUAAAACAAUGUUUAAAAAGACAAUUAACCUUCCAUAGGAAAUAGACACCGAGAAUUGCCUGUUUAUUCCCCCCUAACAUCUAUCUGCCUUACUCAUUCUUCCUUUUAAUAGAACACCGCUGGGUCUCUAGUCUCAAAAUCCUGUACAACAAAUUUUGAGAAAUAGACAUUUUCCUCCACCGGCAUUCGUUUAUUUCACUUAUUAACCAUCAGGAAGUGAUUUUGUCUCCCCCGGCCCCCAGCCAGGAACAUUUGAAAAUGUCCGGUGGCAAUUUUUGACUGCUACCACUUAUCUUGAAACACUACUAAGGAGUGGAGGCUGUGGCUUCUUUGCACAGGACGAGCUGCAACCACAAAGAGCCUCCUAGGCCAACACAUCAAAGGCUGACAUUGAGACCAAGAUGUCUUGUGAUGUCCUUGUGAUGUCAAAAGACACUCACACAUCAGUAAAACCCUUUCAUUUUUAACAAAGUGAAACAUCAAUUUUUUUUUCUCCAGAGUGGUAGCUCGUUGGCUGAUAGGUUGCUUUCUGGCAUGUGCAGUUGCCUUAUAUUGUUGGUUUUUCUAGAGAGCUUUGCUAUAGGGCUGCACCGCUGGUCAGCAGCAUCUGAUCCUGGGACCCAGCAUCUCUGAUUUCAUGUAGUAGAGAGCAUGCGUCUUAAAAUAUGUUACCAUGUCCUAUGAUGUCACAGAGAACAAGAAACCGUCAGUUUUUAAUUCCUCAGACAGAUCCUGCCCCAUGACUCUGUAGAAAAAAAAAUAAAAUAAAAGCACACUAUAGUGCUUAUCCUCUACCCCUCUGGUGUGGAGAUCACAAAUAGGGGUACUUCCCACAGCCUGCCAUCCAGGUGCUGGGGGAAAAUCUUCCUAAAUCUCAGAGGUGCCAAAAGGAAAGAGCGAUCAUCAGAGGUCGUCUGCAAGCAGAGAGGAGUUCACAGAAAUUAAGAUAACCCUGAAUAUGAACACACAAGCGCACACACACACGAACCCCCUCAUAAAAACUACAAGGGUAUGCCCUCUGGCCAUGCUUGACAUUAACAGCUGUCCCUCGUUGCUACCCUGAUCGUUUCACAGGUCUCCAGUUAGGCAAAGGACAGGGCAUUCUAUAUCUCAUUUUCCUCCCCCAGCCCAAAACCUUUUUGACACAUGACACAAAGUUCUCCAUGAAACACUUUAGGAGACUGUACUUCAGGAAUCCCUUCUGGGGUCAGUCCUAGGCCAGAGGAACCAGCUUCCCUCCCAGAAUCCUCACCUGUUAGAAACCAAGGACACACCAACAAUUGUUUUUUUAUGCCAAAGGAUGCCAUUGUGCAUGAACACGUGACCGUUUUUGCUCUGGUUAACUUCCAAUUGCUUCCAGCAAAACACAGCACAGUCAUAUGCAGUGAGGUGACGGCGUCCCCUCAAAACUCAAAGCAUGACCCUUGCUUUGCUUGAUAGUAUAAAAUGUGUACAUGUGAGAAUUUACUUUGCCAAAUAUAUUUUUCUUCUCUUGAAUUGGUCUAGAGAGAUCCCAGCAUCUUUAUUCUACAAAUGUUGCUACACACACACAAACAGAAAGAGAGAAACGCAUGCACUCACGCAUGCACACACACAUACACACACACACACCUCUGAAAUAUAUGCCAAUAAUUGAUAUCCUUUACCUCAGGGAGAGUUAGUUCAAGUCUAUACAAGGGAAAUUAGUGGCCCUAGUAAAUCUAAACAGUCACACCCCAUCAUGGAUAGGACUGGCUCAAUGCUUUAGAGAGAAAGUCGGAGAAGAAAGUGAGCUAGGAGCCUCUUCUCAAUGGACUGCAAGUGACCAGAGAAUGAUAUGCAACUCUGCUUUCUUUUCCUGGGACCCCAGCGGGACCCCUCAGUCCUCCCUGCACAGCUGUGUCUUCAUUUGUAAAAUGGGGGUGAUGCCUUCUUAGUAGUCUCGCCCCUUCCUACCUCACAGACAUAUUGUGAGGAUUAAUGAAAUUGUGUCAACAGUGUUUUCAUUUUCUGGAGAGAAGCUAUUUAUGGACAUUUCAAGUAUUAUAUAGAUAUGUAAGUGAUCUCAGUUUCUUAUGUGCUGUUAUACUGGUGUGUCAUUUUUACUUAUUCUAUAAAGCUCCAGUUAAUGUCAUGGCCACAUCAGAUGGCCAUCAGAGCUCUGAACUCCCCUCCCCCCCCCCCGUGCAUCUGCAUGAUGCAGGGUCACCUGGUCCUGGGACCACAAAGAAUGGUCUCCCCUCUGACUGUAAAGAUGGCCCAGGACACAGGUCUCACAGGCGUGCAUGGGGAUCCAGGUUAGGAUGACCAUGGAUGCCUGAGCACUAAUGGCAGAAGACCUCUGGCUUGCACACCCCGAGGAGUAGACCGUUGUCUAGUGUGAUCUGUUUGCCCUUCAUCUUGCUUGCAAGGGUGCAUGGUUCAAUCCUGGGCAUCUUGAAAACUUGCAAAUGGUCCAGAUGCUAAUUUGCACGUUGAUUCUCCUUUGCCUUUAACCUUCUUUUGAAGGCAAAAGGAUGUUCCAUUUCAACUCCGAUCCUGGAAAGGUUAGCUGAUAUUCGCUCUUUGCCACAUUUCUCUCUUGGACUAAGUUAGCUGACACCAUUGAAAGCAGAGAAGGUGUGCAACAUCUUUGAUAUCUGAUGACAUCAUAUCUACAUUUGUUGUAAGAUCUAUUGCAUACCAAUUAUAAUUCUACCAAUUAAAGUGGUUAAAAGCUUG